GCCUUUUAUGACGUAGAACAAUGCCUGCCACGCGUCGGAACUAGACUGCUGGCGCGGCCACACCGCGCCAGUGACACGCAUGAGGGAACGCGGUGGUCAUCUGGAGCCGACUCUCGGAAUUAUGCAUUUCUUAUUUAGGUUAAUCAUUUUCUUUUACCUGUGGGGCAUUUUUACUGCUCAGGCACAAAAGGCAGAGGAGAGCAUAGAGGAAGUGAAAAUAGAAAUUUUGCAUCGUCCAGAAAAUUGUUCUAACACAAGCAAAAAGGGAGACCUGCUAAAUGCCCAUUACGACGGCUUCUUGGCUAAAGACGGCUCGAAAUUCUACUGCAGCCGGACACAAAAUGAAGGCCACCCCAAAUGGUUUGUUCUUGGUGUUGGACAAGUCAUAAAAGGCCUAGACAUUGGGAUGACGGAUAUGUGUCCUGGCGAGAAGCGAAAAUUGAUUAUACCCCCUUCAUUUGCAUAUGGAAAGGAAGGCUAUGCAGAAGGCAACAUUCCACCUGAUGCAACACUGAUUUUUGAGAUUGAGCUUUAUGCUGUGACCAAAGGACCACGAAGCAUUGAAACAUUUCAACAGAUAGAUAUGGACAAUGACAGGCAACUUUCUAAAACUGAGAUAAGUCAUUACCUGAAAAAGGAAUUUGAAAAGGAUGAGAAGCCACGGGACAAAUCAUAUCAGAAUGCAGUUUUAGAAGAUAUUUUUAAGAAGAACGACCAUGAUGGUGAUGGCUUCAUUUCUUCUAAGGAAUACAAUGUCUAUCAACAUGAUGAACUAUAGCGUAUUUUUAUCUCUAAAUUUUCUUAGCUAUUUACUGUACUUUAUAUGUAAAACAAAUUCACUUUUCUCUGAGUUGUAUUUUCUAUUUUUCCCCCAUGAACAUAUUUUGAUCCCUUCAAUACAUGUAAUUUUGGAAUAAUAAAUGUGAGGCUGUUUUGCAAAAUUUAACUUUCAAGUAA